CUAACAUCCAUGGAGCAAGGAAAAGAACACACGCCAGAGACCCGUCCUAGGCUAGGCGAGGUGGAAGGGAUUCCCUUACCAAAAAGCACUUGUAAUGAAUGGGAUAGUAUCCAGUGCUUCCAAGCCAAGCCAGAUGACAUACUUCUUUGUACUUACCCCAAAUCAGGUACCACUUGGAUACAAGAGAUCGUGGAUAUGAUCCAACAAGAAGGCGACCUGGAGAAAUGUCAGAGGGCCCCUGUGCAUCAUCGACACCCAUUCAUUGAAUGGGCAAGGCCAUUCCAGACCUCGGGAGUGGACCAAGCUGAAAUGAUGCCCUCUCCAAGGACCCUCAAGACUCACCUUCCUGUCCAGCUGCUCCCUAAGUCCUUCUGGACCGAGAACUGCAAGUUCAUUUAUAUGGCAAGAAAUCCCAAAGAUUGCCUGGUGUCCUGUUUCCAUUUCCAAAGAAUGAACAAAACGUUACCCCAUCCUGGAACAUGGGAGGAGUAUUUGGAGAUUUUCACGGCAGGCAAAGGUGACAACCAGCAUCUUACAUUGGACCCAGAAAUGAAUUGGCAGCUAAUGCAGCUCCAGGCCGCCAAAGAACAGUGA